AUUUGAAAAUGCGACUAUUACUAUUUCAUCACAUUGUUUUAAGUGGCUAUAUUUUUUCUGAGGCCACAAAAAAAUUCCCAGAUAACUUUAAAUUUGGUGUAGCGACAUCAUCUUACCAAAUCGAGGGUGCGUGGGAUAAAGACGGCAAAUCUCCAAGUAUAUGGGAUCAUUUAACCCACACGAGACCAUGGCACAUAGAAGAUGGAAGGAAUGGUGACAUAGCUUGUGAUUCUUAUUACAAAUACAAAGAAGAUGUAAGAAUGCUCAAGGAAUUGGGCGUAGAUUUUUACAGAUUCUCAAUAGCCUGGACAAGAAUUCUGCCGUCUGGUUUUAUAAAUACUAUUAAUUGGGAUGGAGUGAAAUAUUACAAUAACUUAAUUGAUGAACUAUUAAAAAACAACAUAGAACCAAUGGUAACUUUAUACCAUUGGGAUCUUCCCCAAACUCUUCAAGAAUUGGGUGGUUGGACCAACCCAAUUAUGGAGGAAUAUUUUGCUGAAUAUGCCAGAUUAUGCUUUAAAUUAUUUGGCGAUAAAGUUAAAUUAUGGACAACCAUAAAUGAGCCCAGAUUGGUUUGUUUAAUGGGGUAUGGCAUAAAUGUCAUGGCACCAGCUUACAAUAACACUGGUAUAGGAGAUUACCUAUGUGGUCAUACUUUACUAAAAGCUCAUGCUAGAGCUUACCAUAUUUACGACGAUGAGUUCAGAAAGGAUCAAAAAGGAAAGAUUUUCAUUGUAUUGGAGUUUCAAUGGCUUAUACCUAAAACUAAUUCAACUGCUGAUAUAAAUGUUACUGAAACUGCUAGACAUUUUAUGUUUGGAUGGUUUGCAAACCCUAUUUACCUUGGUAACUACCCCAAAGUAAUGAUAGAUUUAGUAGCUGAAAGAAGUGCCAAACAAGGCUUUCCGAAAUCUAGACUACCUAAAUUUACAGAAAAAGAAAUUGACUAUAUUAAGGGUACCACGGAUUUUUUGGGUUUAAACACUUAUACAAGUUUUCUUACUAAUUCUGAAGAAUUUUAUGAUUACAAAAUGGUCGGGUUUGAAAAUGAUAUUGGUUUUCAAAUAUCACAUGAUCCUGCGUGGGAGGCAACCGCUCAACCACAAUUUAAGAUUGUACCAUGGGGUACAAGACAAAUGUUAAAAUGGAUAAAGGAAACUUAUGAUAGUCCUGAGAUUUUUUUUACUGAAAAUGGAAUGGCAGAUAAUGGCACUUCUUUAGACGAUCAAUUAAGAAUUAAAUUUUAUAGGGAGCAACUAAAGGCAGUUUUAGACUCGAUGCAUAAAGAUGAUGUAAAGGUUUCAGGAUAUACAGCGUGGAGCUUAAUGGAUAAUUUUGAAUGGGUUAGUGGAUAUAAUCUUAAAUUUGGACUCUACCACGUGGACUUCACAAGUCCAAAUCGGACUAGAACCCCUAAAUCAUCAGUGGCUUACAUGAGAAAAUUAUUUAAAACACAUUGUCCAAUAGAAGAGUGUGAAUGAUCCUUUAAUUUAUUAUAUAUAUUCUAG